GUGAUAAACUUAUUAAAUAGAAUAAUGAAUGAUGAAAUUGGAUAUUGCUCUCAGUUCAGUUCUAAGAUCAGACCUCUUCUGGACCAGUAUGAUAUAAUUAGACACCACCUGGUGGAUGAUCCCGAUCUGCAUCCGACAUCGAUUGUUGUAAUCGGGGAUCAGAGUUCGGGCAAGUCUAGUGUACUAGAGAGCUUAGUGCAAAUUGGGCUUCCGAGAGGAGAAAAUAUUGUGACCCGUAUGCCUAUCGUACUCCAAUGCAGGAGUCUGAGAACAACUAAUGUCAAAGAUUUUCCUCAUGCCAAGAUCUCAAUUAGUUCGCCAAAUGAUGAGCGGAGUUUUACUCUCACAGACUUUUCCCAAAUCGAGCAGACAAUUCAGACCUGUCAGGCAACGGUGUUCCAGUCAUCUCUUUCCUCCUCGUCCAGUGGGGGAAAUGGAGGAGGCAACUCUAAAAAUGUGAUAUCCGAUGUGCCCAUCUACGUGCAAGUGGUGAAGGAAGGCAUCCCUGACGUCACAUUGGUAGACUUGCCCGGGAUAAAUUAUGCAAACGAGGUAAUCAAAAACAGCAUCAAGAGUCUUUAUGAGAAGUAUAUUUCACCAGACAAUGUGAUCAUCCUGAAUGUCAUAUCGGCAGUCACCGACAUCCACGCCAACGAAUCGGUUCUAUUCGCGCACAAGGAAAGUAUUGACAUACUCCAAGUUUCGUAUCUCCCAAUUUUAAGCAUAAUCCAGUUUAUUAUCCUAAGUUUUCCCUCAAUAGUCAAGUUAUGA